AAUUGCUGUUGAUACUGGAGGGCGAGGAGAUAAGCAUGGGGAUCACGUUGGCUAUGGAAUCUUGCGUCGCGAUUGUUUCUGUAGUAUCCGGAUAUUUAAUGCAGCGAGUACGAUUUGGAAUAGCUACCUAGGUCCUACAUAGGUACCUAGGUACUGUACCUACCUAUCUAGAUGGGAGGUAGGUAACGAGAUAAUGAUGAAUUGAGUGAUUGCUCAAUUCUCUCGAAUAAAAAUCGCACAAGAUAGGUCGGGCCAUAGUUCUGAGAUGAGAAGGUUGCAAAGACCUGCAGUUUACUAUGCUGGCUGGCUGCAUGCAGCAUCCCGGUAGGAUAGACAGUCUCUAUGUAACCAUACUUAAUCCUUUGGUGACGGCCCUGGGAGAUGGGAGAUAAAGUAGGUAGAUUAGGAAGUUAUGAGAAGUAUCGGUUGGAAGUUGAAAAUCCGAUUCUUCUCUGCUGUUUGUAAUCUAUACGCAUAUGAGAAUAUCCCAUUGCAAUGGCUACUAACCCACCAGCAAAUCUUGCUCUCGACGGCGGCGAUCCUCGAAAGUUGUCCUUGGAGGUGGAAAACGGCACAAAUGAUGCGGUAGGGGACGAAUAUACGAAUAAUCGCGGGGUCAGCUUCGAAGAGUACAUGUACUAUGCCGCAAUCACUCGGGCCCAGGAGAAAGAAGCCAACGCUAGGUACAAGGUUGCCCGUGGGCCACAAACGAUCAAGAGCGUCAUUAAAGGGAGAUUCUCCAGCGGCCACAUCGAACAAGAUGUAUCUACCGAAGUAACUGCCUCCCUCUCCAACGUGAGAGAUGAGAAAGACCGCCGCAAUGGGGAGUUCCAAGUUACCGGGGUUGGUGGCAAAGGAAAUGGCAUCACGGAGGCUCAGCGACAAAGUGCCAAUCGAGCGUUGAGAACAGCAAGUUGGGGUACAAUCUUCUACCUGAUUACAACGGAUAUAUUAGGUCCAACUGGCGCUCCCUGGGCAUUCGCGCAGCUGGGCUAUGGUCCGGGUGUUGCGUUGUAUACUGUAUUCGGCGCCAUGUCAUAUUAUUCUGGCUGGAUCAUCUGGAACGUCUUUUGUGGACUAGACUCUGACAGAUUUCCAUGUCGAGGAUACGGUGACUUCUUCAAUCGUAUAUUUGGUAGCUGGGCUCGUCACUUCAUUAACCUCGCGCAAGCUCUUCAACUGCUGCUAACCGUUUCUGUUAUUAUCUUGAGCAAUGGACAGAGCAUCUCCCAAAUAAGUCGCGGCUCGUCCGGGGAGAGUAUAGGGAUUUGUUUUGUGGCAUGCAUGAUUAUAUUCAUGGCUGCAGGCUUCGUCCUGGGCCAAAUCAGGACCCUGCAGCGGCUCGGUUGGCUUGCUAAUCUUUCCGUCUGGUUGAACGUCGCACUCGUAAUACUAUGUAUGGCGUCUGUGGUAUACGGUCCGAACUAUGCCGCAGUGGAAGCAAGCUUUGGCUUGCCAUCGGGUAUGCCUAUUCGAACUUAUGCCGGGACGCCACCUCCAGGAAUGGCCACAGGCGGGGUGGGAUUCGUCGCUUCUUUGAACGGGUUAAACAUAGCUGUAUACGCAUACGGGGGAGCGCUGCUCUUUGCCGCUCUCCUGGCUGAGAUGAGACACCCCUUGGACUUCUGGAAAAGCUUGCUUAUUGCAGAGAUGUUUAUCUACGGCAUCUAUAUCUUCUUCGGCGUCUUCAUGUAUUCAUACCAAGGCCAAUACACCUAUAACCCAGCAGUCCAAGGUAUUGCGGCGUAUGGAAUGCAGACAGCUGGAAACAUCUUGAGUUUAGUUAGCAAUCUUAUCGCAGCCGUGUUAUACAGCAACAUCGGCCUCAAGGUUGUAUAUAUAGAAGUUUUCCACGAACUCUUGGGCUUUCCGGAGUUAACAACCAAAAAGGGGAAGAUUUGGUGGGCUGCACUGAUUCCAUUAUAUUGGGCGGUUGCAUUUAUCAUAGCAGCAGCUGUGCCGCAGUUUUCGUACAUCGUUGGUCUGGUUGGCGCACUCUUCAUCCUAUCUUUUACUUACACCUUCCCAGCGUGGUUGGCCAUCGGCUACUGGGUCAAAAAGGACGCAAUGAUCGAGGAUGAAGAGCGCUUCGACCCCACAACUGGCACGUAUAACUACGUGGAUCAUGGAUGGAAACGAUGGGGACGGGGUUUUAUGAGGAGGCCGCUCUUUAACGCAUUUAACAUAUUCUACUUCUUCGGAGCGUUGGUGACAUGCGCAUUGGGCUGCUAUAGCAGCAUUGAGAGUCUGCGCCAGGCUUUCCAAAGUGGCAUCGCUACCAGCCUAUCGUGCACACCUCCUCUCUGAGAAUGCACGCGAAUGGGAACUGGAAUAUAUGUUUUGGAGUGGUCUUAAUGUGAAGGUGGAAAACCGCAUGAUAUAUCAAUACGAUAUAUCAAUGGUAUCGAUUGGUAAC